ACUAUUCUAAUGUAUAAUUUGUGUCUAUAAUGUAAGCGGUUUUUUUUAAAACAACCUGAUGAUUAGAUAAGACACUUAUAUCUGACAAAACUUGAUAGAAAUCCACUUUUUGUUUAUGAAAUGAUUAUUUAUCGUGACCAUGAAACUUGCUGUUUCGCAAUCGGAGUUGUUUACAAUAUUUUUUAUUGUAAUUUAAGUGUUGUGUACAAAAUAUGCGAUCCCUCAACACGUUUUUAUAUACCUUUGUAGUGAAUUAUUAACCGAUUUUCUCGUUUUAAUAUUUGACCUAACGUCAAUUCUACAAUGGAUCAAAGUACAGAAACAACAGGAAGUAUUAAAGUUUUUAAAUACCGAUGGAUACAAAUGAUAAUAUUCUGUUUAUUCUCAGUAAUAAACAUGAUUCAAUUCAUGCAAUUUACUAUAAUUGCUGACGUGAUAAGAAUGUAUUUCAAUGUAGACAAUUUCUUAGUAGAUAUAACAGGAUUGAUAUUUUUUAUAAUAAAUAUUUUAUUAUUUUUACCUAUCAGCUUUCUCAUAGAAAAAUAUAAUUUGAAAGUAACAGCUGUAGUAAGUACGGGAUUAAUAGUAGGAUUAAUAAUAAAAGUAUUUGCUGCGGAUCCUUCUAGAAUAUACGUGGUGUUAAUUGGACAAGCGUUUUGUGCGAUUGGACAAGUUUAUAUGUUGAAUAUUCCUUCAAAGUUUGCGUCGACAUGGUUUGGUCCAAACGAAGUGUCAACAGCGUGUGCCAUAGCAGUAUUAGGAACACAGUUGGGGGCUGCGAUUGGUGCUUUCAUUCCAUCUUUUGUAGUUGAAAAAGGUGAAAAUAUAGAAGACAUAGGUAGGGGAAUAUACCAGAUGACGUUGUAUAAUGCAAUUACUGGAGCUAUUAUAUUUUUAAUAGUAGUUCUGUUUUUCCGAAGUAAACCGAAAUUGCCACCUAGUAUAUCUCAGCUACAACUUCUGACGCAGCUGGAAGAAAAUAAAUCGAGAUUCUGGAAGGAUUGUAAAUUAUUAAUGAAAAAUAGAGAUUAUAUAAUAAUAUUAGUUGUUUUUGGAAUUGUGAAUGGACUAUGGAAUGCGUUCGCCAUUGUUAUUAAUACAUUCUAUAUACAUUAUUUUCCUGAUGGGGAAACUGAUAUAGGAAUAAUUUCAUUAGUUACAAUUAUUAUUGGUGGUUGUAUAGGAAGUGUGGUUUUUGGUUUUAUAUUGGACAAAACUCAUCAGUUUAAAAAAACAACUUUAGCCGUUCUCGCAUGUGGAACAAUUACUUAUAUUUUUUAUGUGAUUUCAAUGGUAUUACAAUUAAGGAUAGCGACGUUUAUCACUAUACCACUAUUUGGGUUCUUCAUUGCAAGUACCCUAGCAAUUGCUUUUGAAUAUACGAUAGAAGUAACUUACCCAAUACCAGAAUCAGUUAGUUGUUCCAUUUUGAACGCAUUUAUUUUCUUAUGUGCUAUUAUUGCGACUUUCAUAAUAGAAGCGGUCUUAGAUGCAGUUGGCUUCUUAUAUACCCAGGUAAUUAUAUUUAUCAUCUUCGGAAUAUGUACCAUUGGAGUGUUAUUUAUAUCGAACAAUUUGAAGAGAAGAAAUGCAAAUUUAACAGAGCAACAAGAAGCUAACAUUGCAAUAAGUUGAGGAGAAGGUCAAACUCGAUUUGCCUUAAGAGACUGUGUUAUUGAUCAAAAUGUUUUAAUAAAACUUUUGUUGAAA